AUGCGCACGCCAGAUCCCUUUGGGGACGAGCAUCGGUCUCCCCUGCCGAACCCGUCUCAUGUGAACCCUUAUGACAAUCGCACUCCGUCGCCAGGACAUCACUUGGACACCUACCAGUUGCAAGAUAAUCCAUAUGCGCCCCAAGGGCACUUGCCCAUGCCCUCGAGCGAUCGCCUCGCCGAGCAACCAACUUACUCCGUUGAAAAUGUCCACAAUUCCUACGGCCACCAUGACGCCUACGAGAGUCACGAAGCUGGACAUCCCUAUGGUUACAACGAUUACGCUGUCGACCCGGAAGCCCAUCAUGACGCUUACUAUACCCAACCUUACGAACCCACACAUACACCUCAUGAAGAUUACGACCUAGGCCAGUAUCCUGAAGCUGGUCAAACCCCGUUCGAUGAUCAUGCUCCCCUAGUAGCAUCCGAUAAUCCAUUUGGACCGGACCCCUAUGACGCAGAGCUCCAGGAGGAGCCUCGGCCGACUCCCAGUCCUGCUCCUAUUCGCCGUUGGAAGACCGUGAAGGAAGUGCAAUUGUUCAACGGAAAUCUUGUUUUGGAUUGUCCCAUUGCGCCGAAAUUGCUGAGCCAAAUUCCCCACGCCGAGGCACCAGGUCGUGACGAGUUCACCCACAUGCGUUACUCAGCCGCCACCUGUGACCCUGCAGACUUCUUCGAGGAGCGAUUCACGCUCCGUCAGAAGCUGUUCGCGAAACCCCGCCACACGGAGCUUUUCAUCGUGGUUACCAUGUACAACGAGGACGACUUUUUGUUUGCGCGCACAAUGUCCGGUGUGUUCAAGAACAUUGAUCACAUGUGCUCGCGAACAAGCAGCAAAACAUGGGGCAAGGAUGCAUGGAAGAAGAUUGUGGUCUGUGUGAUCAGUGAUGGUCGUGCGAAGAUCAAUCCUCGUACCCGUGCGGUGCUGGCCGGUCUGGGUGUGUACCAGGAUGGAAUCGCCAAGCAGCAGGUUAACGGCAAGGAUGUGACUGCUCAUAUUUACGAAUAUACCACUCAGAUCGGUUUGGAGGUCAAGGGCACCCAGGUUCAUCUCAAGCCCCGCCAGGGUCCUCCGGUGCAGAUCAUCUUCUGUUUGAAGGAAAAGAACCAGAAGAAGAUUAACUCCCACCGUUGGUUCUUCCAGGCGUUCGGUCGACUCCUGGAUCCCAACAUUUGCGUGCUUUUGGAUGCUGGUACUAAGCCGGGUAAAGACUCGAUCUACCACCUGUGGAAGGCAUUUGAUUUGGAUCCCAUGUGUGGUGGUGCUUGUGGUGAGAUCAAGGUCAUGCUUUCUCACGGCAAGAAAUUGCUGAAUCCGUUGGUGGCUGGUCAGAACUUCGAGUACAAGCUCAGUAACAUUCUUGAUAAGCCCCUUGAAUCUGCCUUUGGUUUCAUUACUGUGUUGCCUGGCGCUUUCUCUGCUUACCGGUUUGUUGCCUUGCAGAAUGAUAAGAACGGCCAGGGACCCCUGGAGCGAUACUUUGCCGGUGAGAAAAUGCACGGUGCCAACGCUGGUAUUUUCACUGCCAACAUGUAUCUUGCCGAGGAUCGAAUUUUGUGUUUCGAGAUUGUCUCCAAGCGCAAGUGCCGCUGGCUCUUGCGUUAUGUCAAGAAUUCGACCGGUGAGACUGAUGUGCCUGACCGAAUGGCCGAGUUCAUUCUGCAGCGUCGUCGUUGGUUGAACGGUUCUUUCUUUGCGGCUGUGUAUGCCAUUGCGCACUUCUACCAGAUUGGUCGUAGUGACCACAGCUUCAUGCGCAAGUUCGCUUUGUUCAUUGAGUUCAUCUACCAAACGGUGGCUAUGAUCUUUGCUUGGUUCGGUAUCGGUAAUUUCUUCCUGGUUUUCCACAUCUUGACGACAUAUCUCGGCGACGACGACCUUCUCGGAACUGCUGGUAAAGUCUUGGGCAUUGUCUUCGAAUGGCUCUAUCUUGCCACACUUGUGACGUGUUUCGUCCUGGCUCUUGGUAAUCGACCCGGUGGUUCCAACAAGUUCUACAUGACAAUGGUCUACUUUUGGAUUUGCAUCAUGAUAUACUUGUCAUUCGCAGCUAUAUUUGUCACGGUCAAGUCGAUUGAAACUGAAGUGGCGGAAAAUAACUUCACGGUCAGCGAGCUCUUCACCAACAAGACAUUCUUCUCGAUUAUCGUUUCCCUCGGUUCAACCUACGUCAUGUGGUUUGUCGCCUCGUUUAUCUUCUUGGAUCCGUGGCACAUGUUCACAUCCUUCAUCCAAUACAUCCUGCUCACCCCCACUUACAUCAACGUACUCAACAUCUACGCCUUCUGUAACACCCACGAUAUUACAUGGGGUACGAAAGGUGAUGACAAGGCCGAGAAACUGCCCUCUGCAACCCUCAAGCCCGGUGGCAAGGUUGAUGUGAACAUCCCCCAGGACGAUGGCGAUCUGAACGCGCAGUAUGAAGCCGAACUCGCAAAGUUCGCCAUCAAGCCGCCAAAGGAAGUCCAAGUCAUCUCGGAAGAAGAUCGCCAAGCGGACUACUACAAGGGUUUCCGCAGUGCAGUCGUGUUGGCCUGGGUAUUCUGCAACUUCGCUCUAGGGGCCGUCGUUCUCAGUGCUGCCGGCUUGGAGACAUUCGACACCACUAGCACUACCGAUGGUACUAGCACGGACGAGACGCAGAAUGAGCGAUCCCUGAUCUACAUGGAGGUUGUUUUGUGGUCUGUUGCUGCGCUUUCGAUGUUCAAAUUUUUGGGUGCAAUGUGGUAUUUGGUUGUUCGGAUGUUCCGAGGUGUCUGA